GUGUAAAAUACCGCGGAAAGUAGAGUGCUGGUCUCAGUGUAAUGUGAUGGUGGAAAUGGUGUGUGUUUGCUUCACGUCCUGGAAAUUGUCUGCGUUCUAUCUCGCUUAGUUUUCAUGCACGCUGUUUUUGUAUUCAACGAACCGAUGAGUUUUAUUUGUGUUGAUUCUUCAUACUUGUUAUUCUUGGGGAACAUAUAAAGAUAUUCUUCUUGGACUUCGUACGUGAUACGCAUCACAUUCAAUAUGGAUGCAAGACAAUAUGUUAUUCUUACGAACUCGGCAAGUAAAAGAUCCCUUUUUCCAUCACGCCCUUCAGCAUCUGAGAGUAGUGAUGAAGAUUCUUUGGGCCAUAUGUCACCAUUAAAGAGUUCAUCACCUGAUCGAUACAGUUCACCUCGAUACUCUCCACUGUUAAUUGAAGAAACGCCUUGCAAAAUGGAUACAUCACAUGAUGACAGUUUAAACAACUUGCAGAUAAAUAAAGUAUGUCGCAACUUUAAUUCUGUCCUUAGAGACUCUACUCCUCAGAAGAUAUCCACUGAAGUUAUUGGUGAUACUCCAGAAAAAGAGACCAGAAGUGAUAUGCUUACUCCCUUUAAAUGUUUAAUUCAGCGUCGGAAUAUUGAAGAAACUCCUGACAGUACAAUCACAAAAACUUCAGAUGCCAUUAGAAAAUUAUGUUGGAAGAAAAAAGAACAUGUGAAAAGAUCUCCGGAAAAAAAUGAUGAUUCUGAGAAAAAGGAUUUUGACUUUAAUAGUAACAUCGCUAAUUUAAUCAAGAAUUCAUUUUACAGACCUGCAAAUAGCAAGGCAAAAACUGCUUUAUUUCCAGAGAAACUAAGCAAACCAACUGUAAAUGCUGCCACAAAAAUUAAUCGAAGAAGACAUGUUACUUAUACACAUCAUGGUGGCCUCUCCAGAAAUUCUCACAAACGACCCCGUGUGUUAUUUGGAGAAAUAAAUGCUGGUGUCAGACAUAGGGUUAAGAAACCUAAACCAAAGUUUAAACGACAUUCUGAAAUAGUUCGAAAGAGCAUAGAAAAGCCUUUAAUUUCCCCAGAGGAUAGAGUGGAAAAAUACAUUAGAGAGAAUGAGUUCUUGGAUGAAGGAAAUGUGCCUUCAAAGAGACCAAGAAUUGAAGAAGUUUCUCUUGUUAAUAGUUAUAAUAAUGGACUGAAAACUCUUGCGGCUCAAGAACUGCAUACGAGUGUAAACAGUCCAGCUGCAAGAGAAAUUAAAAAUGCGCGGAAGAGCCCUGAAGUUGAAAUUGCUCCAGAUCCAACCAAAAAGUUUUUCAAAACUAAUAGAACCAUGGCAAUUGAUCACAAAGCAACUGUGACUGUUGUCAAUAAUGUCAAAAUUCAAGUUCACAAAGGGAAGCUGGCUCUUGGUAAUUCCCCUUCAAGAAUUGUGAAGCCAGUAAAGAAGCGGCCGGUUGUACUAGAAGAUGUAUUUGAAGAAGAUUCUGCUACUACUCUUGCUACAAGUGUUGUACAGGAAACUGUUAAAGAGGUUCUCCAGAAAUUGGACAAUGAAAUUGAAACAUCUGUGGCUGAUGAUUCUCAUCAUAUUCAAAGCAUCACCACUUCAACAUCAUCUCUUGCAUUGCAUGAUGGUGAAAUAGUAAAUGCAUCAGGAAGAGCAUGUGUUGGUGAAUAUCGGGGCAUAAUUUCUGAAUCAGUCAAUGAUGAAGAGAAUAAAAACCCUGAAAAUGUUGCUGGUACACCCGACGGAAAAUUGUAUCCUGUUUUUUACAAGCGGAAAGGACUCUUUGAUUCAUCAAAUACUGUGAGGAAAUCCAGUCCACAUAUCAAGAAAAUGCGUUUAAUUGGAGAAGAUCAGUACCAAAUAGAUGCUGGCCAGUCCCGCUUUCGGGCUGUAAAUUGUAAAGAAUGUGGUACUUUAUAUCAUCUUGGUGAUCCUGAAGAUGAAAUAGCACAUUACAACAUUCAUAACAAUAUUUCUACGUUCAGAUUUGUGGGCUGGAAGCAUGAACAUGUAAUCAAACUUUAUGAAAAUGGAGAAAGAAUAAUUGUUAUUUAUCCAGACGAUCCUAAAGCAUGGGUGAACAAAGCUAAGGAUGUUCUGAAUGUAAUUGACAAAGAAAUGGGUUUUGUAGAUGGAAGUUUAAUGGAAAUCGGGAGUAAUAAGGUGUAUUUGUAUGUGCUGAAGAAUCGCAUUGUUGGUGUUCUGGCUGCUGAACCUAAACGUGAAGCAUAUCGUAUGAUAAACACGGGUAUAGAUGGGCCUGAUUGCUGCUCGGAAGAAACAUACUCUGUUCAAUGUGGAAUAAGCAGAAUUUGGACUGCCCCUGACCUGAGAAGAAAAGGAAUAGCUUCAAAACUUGUUGAUAGUUUAAGAUUAUCAUUCAUGUUCGACCAUAUUCUUGAUAAAAAGGAAAUAGCAUUUUCUGUGCCAACAGAAAAUGGUAAAGCAUUUGCAACAAAUUACAUGAAGACCUCAGAAUUCAUGGUGUAUUACAAAUAAGAUUUUUGUGAUUGUAUAUUUUUUACUGUGUUGACAAACUUUCUACUAGACUUUCUUGUUUCCUUGUUCAAUAUUGGUUAAACCAAUUGAAGUUCUUUAAAAUAUAUAUUUUUAAAUGUUUAAUUUGUAACUUAUUGCCCUAAUUUGAGAGUUCUUUAAAUGUGAUGUAAACUGUAGUUUUAAUUAAAAGUUAUUUUCAAUAAAACUGAUGGUACCUAUGUUUGUUUUUAUAUUUAAAAAAAUAAAAAAUAAAACCUGGGUUUCAAAAUUC